GAAAGAGGCUGGAUAUAAAGAGCAGCAGACGGCAUCAGCUUCUUCAUUCCUCUCAGCAAUGAACUUCUCUGCACAGGAAUAAAACCAGAAUAAGCGGAAUAAUGGGGGCGCAGGUUUCAGUCAAGAAUCAGACUCCUUACACCUGGCACUUUGCCACCCAGGACAGUGGGUUCAGACGCAUCAAUGCCGGCUGCACGACAUCCUAUCAGGAGGCCAGGCUAAUCCAUCGCUACAUCUACUUCAGAUAUGAGAACCACACAUGGAAUAGUUUUAGAUAUGAGUUUAACACGCAUAAAGGUGACACCUCGUUCAUCUUGAGGGAAACCUACAACCGUUCUCAGAUUCAGCUGCACUGCACCUCCGAGGGCGGCACUCACUACUGUGCCAACUACGGAAAAAUUGAAGAAGAUGAAAGACAGAGGCAGCAAGAGGAGGAGAGAAGACGUCAGGAGCGCCUGGAACAUGAGCAAAGGAUUCAGCAGGAGCUGGAGAGAGAGAGCGAAAUGUCCAGACUCAAACUUUCUCAGGCAACUGAGCGUCUCCGUGGAAAACAGAGCUUCAGGGGUCAAGAACAACACCAUGAACGCUCACAAGUUCUCCAUCAGCAAAUAGAAGAUGACGCUGCUGCGAUCGAGAGGGAUGAGGUUGCUGAUGUUGAAGAAAAAUUUACAGAGCUUUUAUUGAAGUACCAAAUCACAGAAGAGAAAGAGAUACAGCAAUACAAGAUCUGGGGCAGGAUUAAAGCACUGCAGAAUGAACUUGCCAUUAAAUAUUGUAGAGAAAACAACCUUUCAAUAUGGUCUCAGUUCACCUUUGAUAAUGCUGUGGGAUAUAAUGAUCUGUCUCUUACUGAGAAGCUCCUAGUCCUCGAGGCGUCUCUGCAGUUCAUUCUGCUCAGCAGCACCAAAGACGCUAAAGAUGGCAAAGAUAAUCCGUUUGGCUGGGAGAAGAAGUACGACUUUCUCAUGGGUUUAGUGGAGCAGCUUCAUGCCACAAGUCCAACUUUGGCUGAACACAUUUUAUUAAAUGUUCUGGACACAAUUUCAGAACUGUCAGCAGAAAGUAGAGAUAUUUUGGGUCAAAUGUUGUUCAACAGAAUUUGGACAAUGACAGAAAUAAUGCUCUUUGUUUGUAAUAGUCCAGCUUUUAAAUGUGAUCAGCUGGAUUCAGUUCUCCACACAGCACAAACCUACCACCUGGACUUCAUCCUCGUUCUAUCGGCUCUGAAGAAUGAAAACCCGCUAAUGUUUCUUCAGGAACAAAUCAAAAACGACAAGGACAAAAGCGCAGACAUGAUUGUGAAGGAACUUCAAGAAGAGAAGUGCUCAGAAAACAUCCUGGCACUGUUGAAGGAUGUGCUUAGACACAUGGAGUCAGAACUCCCAAAAUAUUACUUGGAGGAUCUUACCAAGGAAGGAAUCAAGGAUUUGAAAAAGAAGAUCACAUCUCUUAAUCUUGCAAACCCAGACAUCAAUGUUCUGAAAGAAGUAUUAAUUGGAAUGUCUAUAGCGGUGCAAGAUUGCUCAACAAUCAUCACAAAAAGCAACGAGAAAAUUCAAGGCUAUUUCCCGAGACUUACACAACUAGCAUCAUUGCUUCUGCUCCUCCUGGCUCCACUGACAAAAAAUAAAGGAUGUCUUCUCGAGAUUGGCACAGGAGAAGGCAAGUCCUGUAUCUUAGCCAUGUUUGCUACAAUUCUGGCCAUUCGUGGAACUAAAGUGGACAUUGUGACCAGCUCUCCAGUUCUUGCACGAAGAGACCAAGAAGAGUGGAAAAAAUUCUUUCAGAUGUUUGAUGUCACCUCGUCUGUGGUACCUCCACCUUUCUCAAGCUCCUAUUCACCAGAGAAACAAGAAGAACGUGUUAAAGAUGCUUACAGACAACAAAUAGUGUACGGCACAGUGGGAGUCUUUGCGGCAGACAUACUUAAACAGGAAUUUGAGAAGAGGACUACUCGUGAUACGAGGCCAUUUGAGCUUGUAAUAGUGGAUGAAGUGGACUACAUGACUUUGGACAAUGGAGUUCAAGUGACAUUCUUGUCUCAUGAAUCUAGUGGAUUUAGGCAUGUGGAGCAAGUGCUUUCCAACAUAUGGGCCAUGAUCUCUUCUUGUCAACCAAUUGAAAUGCUGGAAACAGGUGAGAUAAAGUGGGCCACGAGGAUUCAGUACUUUCAUAAAGCUGUAACAGCAGCCGUCAUGGGACUGGAAACAUCAGAGAACUUUUCAGCAAAUGAGAUCUUGAUUCCUGGAGCGACUUUGGGGUUCUUUACACAGGAGGAUAUUGAAAUGAUAGUUCAAGCUGAAAGCAAGAAAGAGAAAGAAAGUGAAGGUGAUGGGAAUGUGGGCGGAAUGUCCAAAGCGCUAUCUGAAGUCAUGAAGAAAAUUGGAGUUUCAGAACAGUACGAUCUUCUGAGCAUAUUUGAGGAGGUCUUGGAGAACAGUGCAGUUUUUCAGUGCUAUUGUUUAGAGAACAAGAAAGCCAAACGUUUUGAAGCUCAGGAAAAAAAGGGUGACAUUAAUGUUGAAAUGCUCCUGCUGGAAGAAGGACUGGCGUGCGAAAUCAUGUGUGAGGAAUCUCUCAUUGAUGCAACCGUAAGCACCAUAAAGUCCAUUAUCAGGUACUCAGAUAACCUCCAAAAGACUGAAGAGUCCAACAGCUUUGUCGUCAUCCCUGUUUUCUUAAAAAGCUACAUUGAGAAUCAGUUACCAGUGUUUGUCAGGAAUGCACUGAGGGCUGUUGAGAUGUCUCGGGGCCGAGAAUACAUGAUCGACACCUCACCGGCCGCUGAGCGGGAAGCUGCUGACAGUCUGGAGAGAUGCGAGUAUAACGCCAUCAUUCCAGUGGACUUCAAAGCGAGCGGUGUGCUGGAGAAAAACAAGAAGUGGGGUAAUGGUCUGCAACAGUUUUUGGAGUUCAAGCACCAGCUUGCGAUUUCCCCCAUAUCCAACGUGACAAACUACAUGUCAAACUUCCACUUCUUUAAACGGUACCUCAGGGGCAGUGGUAUAUUUGGUGUUUCAGGUACGUUAGGAGGUAAAGCAGAUCGUGACUUUCUGGAAAAACAUUAUGGAGCCAAGAGCUACAACAUACCUGCACAUCGCCAUAAACGGGUGGUGGAGCUUCCAGUCGUCCAGGUGAAAGGUGGAACUCAGCAAUGGAUCAAGACAAUUUGUGAAACUUCAUGGAAAGUAGCAGAGAGAGGACAAGUUGUCUUGGUGAUUUGUGAAGAUGUUAAAACGGCAGAUGAACUGCAUGAGAAAAUUCAAGGUGGAGGCCGAAUUAAAGCAGAACAGAUUACUCUGUACACAAUCAGCGAGAAGCACAACAUUGAAAAAGAGAAGUUCUCUAAAGGCAGAAUCAUCAUUGCUACAAAUCUCGGAGGACGGGGGACGGACAUAAAGGUUGAGGAGCUUGUAAAUAGGCAUGGUGGUCUUUUUGUUCUUCUUACUCACUUUCCACAAAACCGCAGAGUGGAGAAACAAAUAUUUGGUCGCACAUCUCGGAAAGGCAACCCCGGGAUGGUCCAGAUGGUGGUGAACUGUGAUCAUCUGGCACCUGCUUACCAAGGUCAGUCUGUGGAGAUCAUGCGACAGCUAAGAGAGGAUUAUGAAAUUAAACGAAUCAAAGACAUGGAAAGUGAUGAACUGGUUGAAAUAGACCUUAAAGAAAACCUGUUCUCCACAUUCUGCUCGCGGCUGAAGGACUUUGAUGGCCGUUUCUCUCACAGAGAAAAACUGGACCCCAUGCGACUGCAGCUCCAAAACAUUCCUGAUUGCUUUACACAGCAAGGGUCUAGAUUUGAUUAUCAGCCGGCCAUCAAUGCUCUGAAAGAAUCCUGGGCCUUGUGGUUGACCCUUCACGAGGAGCACAUCAAUAGGCAUGAUGACUUCAGUCAGCUCGAAGCAGACCUUAACAAGACGAUGAACGAAACAAGUGGAAAGCUGCUGAAGGGAGAAUGUGAUAAUUUCUAUGAUCACGUCAGACAGGCGAUUGUUAGAACUGACCUACACUGCAGAAACAAAACCAAGAGCGACUUUGGAGCUAAAUCCUACUGGCAAAAAGUUAUCAACUCUGACCCACACUACAAGGCUGUGGCUCUCUACAACCAGGCGUACAUCACCAUCAACCUGGGCCAGGGGGACUAUAAAGCAGAUGCCAUGAAGCUGCUGAAUGAGGCAAAGGAAUCCAUUGAUGCCUUCGUCUCAGAAGUCUCAAACACCAUGAUCUCGUGUAACUUAUCAGUGACGAGCAACACAGAUCAGAGUAAAGACUACAACAACUUUCAGAGACAAAUGGAGGCCAGAAUGAACAUCUUUCAUUCUUGGAGGACAUACAUCAACAAUGCGUUGAUUAAACUUAAAGAGCUGGAGAACAGCAAGAGUGAUGCCAUUACAGAGGACUGUUCAGUCUACACUCUGUCCGAAGAAAAGAAUUUCAUUGUCACGAACGAACUGAGAUCGUUAUAUGACUACGGCCUUGGUGUUGUUUUUGAGGUGAAAAAGAAGCCCAAGUUUUGUAUCGACGCUUUGAUAUGUUUCAUACUCGGCCUGGUACAGGUUCUCGCAGGGAUCUUGGUUUGUGCGUUCACAUUUGGAACUGCCAGCCAGUUUGGAAUGGGUCUGAUUUCAGAAGGAGUGUCUGAUAUGAUCAGUGGAAUUGAGGGGAUGAUAAAGGGAACGUUUGAUUGGGUGUCAUGGGCAAUAUCUAAGAGCAUCAGCAUCGGAAUGUCUUUGCUAACAGCUGGGUUUAGCAUUAUCAAGAAAGCAGUUACUACAGUGUUUAAAGUGACCAAAAGUAUCCUCAAUGGUACGAGGUCUUUCUCUUCCGUUGCCUCUGAAUUCAUCAAAUCAGGAAAGGCGAUGUUUACUUCAAUCAAAGGAAGUGUUAAGUCUGGUUUAUCAUCCAUCAGUAAGGAAUCUUUGAAGUCUGCACUGUCUUCUACAGCGGUCAGGCAGAACUUCAAACACGCGACCACAUUCGCGCUAAUGGAAGUCGGGAAACAGUCCGUGCUCAGUGGUAUGAACUAUGCAAUCGACAAAGCGCUUCAGGAAGUCUUUAAGAAGAUUUUACAAAGUGCUUUUGAGAAAGAGGUUACUCAAUCAGUGAAGCAAAACAGCCAACUGGACCAGACUCUUGUGGAGUUCAUCAGCUCAGUUGUUCCAAAAACUGCCUUGAAAAAAGAGAAUUUUAAGAUUGACCAGAGUUUGGAGAAGCAAAUUAAAAAAUCAGCUGAAAUGCUGUGUGAAGAGAUCGUUCCUCAACUCAUCCUGGACUGUACCACAGCAAGGGAGGUUAUCGAGAAGCUCUCUGAGGUGUGUGAAAAAGCCACUGAGCUCAUGAACAAAGCAAAACUGUCCGGUGUGGUGGAAACGGCAAAGCUCGCUCUGAAAGUAUCCGAAUACUCAACACGCCUUAUUCAAGUACUGGGCUCCAUACCAACGAAAGAGAUAAUAAACCAGAAAUUUGUUCCAGAAUUAGAGAAGAGCAUUGGUGAGCUUCAGAAAGACAAGUAUGACCAAGACGGACGACACAAUUUACCGGAUGUACAACGCCUUAAAGGAGAACUUCUACAGACUAUCGCUCAGAAGGUGUCUGAGCAGUUCAUCACCUCCUGUUCUGAACAUAUUUCGUCUUUAAUGACCAGCACCUUUAAGAGUCAGUUUAACACUGCUGCUGGAGAGGUGGUAGACAAGCUCAUGCGCAGACAUAAAACUCAGCAAUUCUUUGAUGACCAGAAGCAAAAACACAACAAGAAAUCAACCAGCCACAAGGAGGUGGAACAGCUCUCAGAAGAGGACAAGACCAAGCUGAAGAAGUACGCAGAAGAUAUGAGCAAAGCCGAUCAGCCCGCUUCAGCCCUCGAUGUGUAUGUACUCACAAAAAGUAACCUGCUUAAUGGGAAAGGAGUUCACCUCACCGUCAUGGAUGAAAAUGGAAAACAGCUCACUGAGGAACGCUACCCAGGAACCAACAAAUCAGCCGGUGAUAUAAAACUGAGAUUAACCAAACCUGCAGAAGCCUCGCAUCCAUCUCAAGCUGGUGCUCAGCUGUACAGCGGUCACUUUGCCGUUGUAGCAGAUGAUGGAAGGAUCGUCAAUGUCAGCUCGGAUCCUAAAAAUGCUCUUUAUCAAGCAGUAGCACAAGCAACAGGCAGCGUGACCGAAGACCCAAAGAAAGAAGCUCUGAUUCUCCGAGAGAAAGUGAAAUCCGAGAUCCAGACAAACCUUGAAUCAUACGCGCCCAUGCUGAAUCUCCAGAGAGGAUACGACGUCUCUAACAAAAACUCCGGGAAAUACAUUCUAACUGGAGGAAGUAGGAAGGAGCCAAACACUGCGCUGCAGGAAUACUCCCAGAGCAUUAACUUCAUCCGCAGUGACGAACGAAUCCUCAUCAGAAUUUAUCUUCUUGGAUUUGUUGGUCAAAGUAAAUGUGUUGUAAGUGCUCGGAAGUCCAGUAGAAACACCGGGACACUGAGCACAAGCCACAUUCCACCGAAGGACUCCAUCAGACAGGCACAGACCUUCAUGGAAACCUCGGACUCGGCAAACAACCAGCUGAAAAGUAAAAACCCGGGGCUUUAUAAACUGAUCAGCAGCAUAAAGACAGACAUUAGCGGACAGAACCUCAUAGCCAUGGAGGUUCUGGGUCUAGAUCACAGACGAGCUUUAACAACGGGCCCAAACACAAGCUCCCAGAAGGCCAGGAAACUUCUAGCAGAUACGAUGAUCAGUGGAGACGUAGAGCUUCUGCUGAAGCGCUGCAUGAUUCUCCAUCACCCCUUGACCUCAGAAAAGAUCAGAGACACUCUGGGUGAAAGCAUCCUGUCUCAGAGUCACGUUCUGUCUGCUGACGGUAUCCGAGGCUACUAUAAAGCAGGAUACCGAAACCUGGUGUUGGAGUACAGUCAUAUGGGAAUCCUGGAUCAGAACCAGCGUCAGCGUCUGGCUGAGUGGGUGAAUGAGGACCAGCAUGAGAACAUCAACACUUUGGAGUACAGGGAGAUUCUGCAGGGAUUAAAGUCACACAGCAGUGGGGGCCCAUGAGCAGGGUUAAUAAACAUCAUCAGCUGUUGAUGAUGAUGGUGAUGAUGAUGAUGAUGAUGGAGAUGAUGAUGGUGAUGAUGAUGAUGAUGGUGAUGAUGAUGGAGAUGAUGAUGGUGAUGAUGAUGAUGAUGGUGAUGAUGAUGGUGAUGAUGAUGAUGAUGGAGAUGAUGAUGGUGAUGAUGAUGAUGAUGGUGAUGAUGAUGGUGAUGAUGAUGAUGGAGAUGAUGAUGGUGAUGAUGAUGGUGAUGGUGAUGGCUACAGAAAGUAGGAAAUGAUUGAAGUGGUAUUCACUGCAUGAUAUUCUAUUGGUGGAUCAUUGUGCUAGUUUUAGAGCUUUGUAGAGUAGAACAGGACCAUGCUGAUGUCUCAGGCUUCUCUCUGAGAAUACUCUUCAUGAAAUUACUUUAAAACUGAUUACCGAACCUGUAAUCUGGUCAUUUUAUCAUAAUCUAUGGAAUGAGGGGAUUUUAUGAAAAUAAAAAACAUUACAUACAUUAAAAUUAAAAUGUUUUGUUAUUAAUCUAAAUGGUGCUGGUG